CAGCCUUCCUAGAAACAGAUUCGCCGUAAAACUUGCAUAGUCAUCGUCGUCUAUCCUUCGCUGUUUCUCGAUCAAUUAUCCGAUGAUGGCGUUGAACACCGGAAUCAGAUCUAUCUCAAAGAUCAUAGCUUCAUCCGAAUCAUCAGUCUCCAGAUCUGUGAGCAGAAGUUUCCACUCGACGGGAGCUAAGAAGAUGAGCGGAGGAGGAGGGCAUGGGCAUGACGAGCCAUACUACCUCCACGCAAAGCACAUGUACAAUUUGGACCGCAUGAAGUACCAAGGUCUCAAGAUGUCUCUCGGUGUCUUCACCGCUUUCAGUAUUGGUGUUGGAGUUCCCAUCUUUGCUGUUGUCUUCCAGCAGAGGAAGACCGCUUCUGGUUGAGUCUCUCUCAGCUUUUGAAUAAUUUUUAUGAUUUCUCAAAACUCUGCCUCUGCAAGAGAGUUUCUUGCUUUUUUUUUUAUGCUUAUUGUUAUGGUGAAAGUAUAUUUUUUCCUUGUUUAUUCAUCCUUCUUUGCUGGCUGUUU